AAACCAUUCUUAUAUUAUGUAGCAACCACACAUAAAGUUUACACAGACAAAGGAUAAGAUGGACAAGAUGUUCUUGCUGGGUCUCUCUUUAUUCUGCCUUUUGCAAGGUGGGGAGCCAAAACUCGGUAAAAGGACAAAGGAAAUUGUGUGCUCUACCUGUGAAAGAUUUAGAGAAGGUUCCUGUUUGGAAGGUGCGGGUUCCUGCAUUACAAAAGUGCAUAAAGGAUGCAGAAGCCAGUCUUUCUAUGCCUACUCUAAAGAGAUUAAAGGGUGGGAAUAUACUCAUGCUAAACUGGAAUGUGUUGAAAAAUGCGGAGAACCUGUAGUCUUCCUGGCUUGGUAUCAUUUGGUGAACAUUUGCUGUUCAGAAAAAAACGAGUGCAAUAUAGGAUAUUCACUUGCAUGAUUUCUCAACAGAAAUGGGUUGAAAUGUAAUCUUCUCAAUCCCACUGUGAUGGGUGAUGCCCACCCAUCCUUAUCCCCUCCCCAUCUUCCUCAUCCUGGCUGCUUCUAGCCCUGAUACCCUUUAGGGCCAUGACUGGCUCUGUAAUUGUGGGAUCGAGUUAAAUGGAAGAGCCUACCUAUUGCUCUGAAAUUUGACCAUGUCAAGUUUUUGCAUUUUGUCUUAUGUUACCCUUUCCCUUCAUUUUCAAGUAAAGUUUUCUUUGUUUCCAUUGAAUAAAAGCAAAAA